GCAAGCAAAACUGUGGGGAGAGCAGGGGAGGGUCUGCUCCCUAGAAGUCAUUAUGCAAUGCAGACUCACGGUAUAUAAGGCUGCUACCUUAAAGAACACCAGAGGAUCUCUGUGAGCCUGUAUUUUGGUUACCAGAAUGCUGCAUUUCGCUGUUGCUCUCUGUCUUCUGGCUUUGUCCUGGGCACAGGACUGCCAGGUAGCCAACAUCCAGGUCAUGCAGAACUUUGACCGGACAAGGUAUGUAGGGACAUGGUAUGCUGUUGGAAAGAAAGACCCAGAGGGUUUAUUCUUGCUUGACAACAUUGUGGCUCAAUUUAAUAUUGACGAAGAAGGCAAAAUCACUGCCACUGCAAAGGGCAGAGUCAUCAUCCUCAACAACUGGGAAACGUGUGCCGAUAUGCUUGCCACCUUUACCGAAACCUCUGACUCUGCCAAGUUCCAGAUGCAAUACUGGGGGGCUUCAAGCUACCUGCAGACUGGAAAUGAUGAACAUUGGGUGAUCGACACUGACUACGAUAACUACGCUGUCCACUACUCAUGCAGACAAGUAGACUCUGAUGGCACUUGUCUGGACAGCUAUUCCUUCAUAUUCUCACGUUACCCGGGUGGUCUGAGGCCAGAGGAUGUGGCUGUGGUCACCCAGAAGAAGAAGGACAUCUGCUUAUAUGGCAAAUACAGACGAGUUGAUCACACCGGCUUCUGCGAGCAAAACGACAGCUGAUCUGUUCACACUCAGAAAUCUUCCUUUUUGAAGUGCCCACCUCUGGGUGCUCCCCUGCUAGUCUUGGACUGAAUCCCACCAGAUCCUCUUUCCUGUGAAAGGAGAAAGAAGCCACUUGUUCUUGAAAGACAAUUAAAAAACGGAAAAAUAUAAACUGUCAAAUACCCCGCAAACAGACAGGAAAGAUGACUUUUUCUCCUGAAUUUUUGACUCUUCAUUUAGUCUUUCCACCUAAGGAAAGGGGGUUCUGUGCCUUUGAAUUUUUUAGUUGUAUGUUAACAUCCGUCACGAGUGCAAGUUUUCUAUAGAAACUUCAGAGAAGUGUAAAACAAGACAUAUCAGAUGACAGAAUUUUUGCAGCUUACCUAACAAUGUGACAAAUAAAAAAAUGUUUGAAGUGAAGCUGAAUAUUCAGCAAAACUGCAGCUCUGGAGAAUAAACAAAAUGUUUACUAAAUAAACCAGGUUCACAAAUCACUGGCUUUGCUUUUACACUGAACGACUGUUUUGUGCAGAAUAAAGCAGAUGUUAAUAAACUUAAUACAUACCUAUAUAGCAUAUAAGUCAUAUGCUACAUAUGCAUUGUAGUUUGUUUGUUUGAUGGUUGUAUGAUGUAUACUUUGUGAUCAAUUUUUGAAAUAAAACAUUCACCCGUG